AUGGACAAUACGUCGGAGCAACCUAAUUUUGCCCGCGCUGCCGAUGCAUUGGCCCGCGAGGUGCAGUUAUGCCCCAAUAUUCAAGUGGUGCAGAACGCGGCAAUACUCAAUAGGAUUCUUAUUGAACUGGGAGCCUUGCGACAGACCAUGGAGACGAGAUUUGACGCGGUCGAUAAGAGGCUUGACGCGGUCGAAAAGAGACUUGACGCGGUCGAAAAGAGACUUGACGCGGUCGAAAAGAGGCUUGACACGGUCGAAAAGAGGCUUGAGACCUUGGAACAGUCAACCAAAGUGGCAGAUAUGUAA